GCGUCAUAAAUCGCGCACUUAUGCACUAUUCUACGCCAUUUUGUAGUUUAAAUAGUGUCAGUGCGUUCACAUUGAAAGUACUCAAAAAGUAAGUGUACUUUAAGAACCUGGAUGAUGCACUUUUUCGACCGAAAAUAUAAAGUUUGGAACUGUGAACACUUCACGCACUCAACGGUCGCAGUUUUGGUUACGUAGCGGAAGGAGGCUAUCGGACGCUGCUCGAGAGAAAGUCUCCCUCAGAGUGACAACGCUUCAAUCUGAUGAUGACAAAAGCUGGUGGUUCCUGGGGGAGGGGUUACAUUCUAGAGCAGUUGAUUGGACAGAAAAUUGGGCACGCCCAUAAGUGCAAGGCAAAGAACAGAAACAUUCCGCCGAACGUCUUUCGUGUUGGACUGAAGAAAGUCACGUUGGUUUGGAGCGACGUGAGGACAUAAAUUGCCAUACCGCUGUACUUCCGAGUGUCAGGUCAUUACGAGCUAGCUGUUUCUCUGUCCCAAAGAUGAUGUGGAUGCAAACGCUUGGGAGAUGAAGAACUAAGCAUCCACGCUCCAUUUCUUUCCAUCCGAGGACAUCUCAAUGACGUACUGCCAGGGAAAGAGACGGUUCGAGAGAGAGAAAGAUUGAGAGCGAGCCGAGAGAGUUUUGGCAUGACAAGUGACAAGGCGGCUGACAGAAUAACAGGACAGGAAUAAGCAUGAGGUGAACAGCGUGAGAGCUCAGGGUCUGGGUGAGCCUUUCGUUUUACUGGACUUCUUAUCAAGCAGUAGCCGGUUUAUAGUUAUUUCAUGAAGAUUGCGGUGGCGGGCUCAGCGGGGCUUAACCUGAAAUCACCUGAGAGUCUGGGAAGUGGAGCACAGUAGCAACAAGAGGUGGAGGCUUUUAAGGGGUGGAGUGUAAAGGUAUAUUCCUCCUCCUCGGUCUGAAGGGAUGAUAUUCUUCAAAGCACAUCCACUGGAGUUACACAGCAAGUGCAGAUCAGCUCUCACGUCGACAAAACCGCAGCGAAACCUUCAUUUCGCUUGGUCGCAUCAGCCCUCUGCAUCGGGAUGUCAGUCUUCCGAAGCUCUCGCUCCGCCAUGUGAUCGCCCUUGACUGUCGUUAUGCACUUUCAUUUGAUCUUUCUUUUCAUUUGUUUUCUCCGUCAUUAAGACUCGAAGUAGGACUUCUAAUCGAGCUGCGCGCAGUCGUCCCGUGGAUUUGCCAGGAAUAAUUCAUCCUCUUUCCCGGUUUGUCGUAUCUUAAAAGGGACACGAGACAAUCUGAGAGCGAGUGUAUAAAUAAACGGAAGACAGUAAUAACCAGCGACACACAUUCACCUGUCGACAAGAGGGACUUUUGGUUUAAACAUCGGUUCAUUCGCCUAUCAAAGAAGCAUUAUAAAGGAUUUGUUUGUUGGGAUCGGGACAGUUUAUCUUAAUUCAUCUCAAACGGUCUUCGAGGCAGCCCCUAAACUAUGGGAUUUGAGAACCACUGAGGGCGCUUUGACAAAAGGAGGGAAGAGGGGCCGACAUCGAGAACAAAACGAAAGGAUUGAGCCUUUCAAAAGAGGAUCAGUACUUUUGGACUCGGCGGGGUGCAUGCUGCCCCCUCAACUGGACGUCCUCUUUUGUGCGAGAGAGAGAAAAUAAAAGCAGGCAUGCGCAAUAAACUGAGGAAGUUCCGGGAUGCCGGCCGCCCCAUGCUGGGGGACAGGACUGAUUUGGUGCUGCUGGCUGUGAUGGUGCUUUUAGUUGCGGAUGUGAGGGCAUCCUGGGAUGUGCUUGGCGACGUGAGGCAGCUUGAGGCAUCUAUGCAGUCCACCAUGCAGGCGGACCUUCGGGAGGCGGAAGCGGGCAUGUCGCAGCCCAGCGGCUUGCCGGAUUCCUCCGCGGUGGUGGGCAGGGUUUUCCAAAUGCAAGUGCCCGUCAAAGCCAAGGGCUCCGGGAGCAAAGUAAAGAUCACAGAAGCAAGCAAAGAUGUGCUCCCAGCAUGGUUGCAUUGGGAUGCGGAGAGUGGCACACUUCAAGGCCUUCCUCUAGAGACAGACAAGGGCGUUCACUACAUUUCUGUUUCUGUUUCCAAUGAGAGUAGAGUCUCCCAAAGCCCAGAUGUGUUUUCCAUUGAGGUGCACCCAGAGGAGCACGCUGACACUGACCCUUUUCAGCUCGCAAUUCAAUCGGCCAGCAACGACGCACAGCCUUUCAUCUGCGGUAAUGAGGAGCCCGUCACAGUGCUUACUGUCAUUCUGGAUGCUGACCUCAAUAAGAUGAGCUCCAAGCAGAGGGUGGAGCUACUUGCCAAAAUGAAGAAAUUCUCCGGCAUGGGGCUGCAGCACAUGAAGAUUUUGCCCGUGGUUAAUAACCGUUUGUUUGACAUGUCUGCUUUUAUGGCGGGACCAGGAAAUGCCAAAAAGGUUGUGGAAAACGGUGCCCUUUUGUCCUGGAAACUGGGCUGCAAUCUGGAUCAAAGCAGCAUACCUGAUAUCAGUAGCGUUCAGGUUCCAGCUAAAGAAGGGACCAUGUCCGCACAGUUGAAAUAUCCUGUCGUUGGGUGGCACAUCGCUAACAAGAAGCCCCAUGUGCCCAAAAGGGUGCGAAGGCAGCUGAACAACACCCCAACUCCUAUUCCCUCAUUACUCCCCCCAACAGCUUACCCUGAACCCCCGAUUCGUAUUGUUCCCACACCAACAUCUCCUUCCAUUGCUCCUACCACUGAAAGUUCUGCCCCACCAGUUCGCAGUCCGGUCCCACUCCCUGCGAAACCAACCCUUCGACCGCGAGAACCAAUCGCUUAUACUCCAACCUUAGGCCCCCCUCAGCCAACACGAGUCAUGGAAACCACCAGCACAAUCACCAUUCAGCCCACCAUGACCCGGCCUGUAUACGUUGGAGCUUCCGUGACCCCAGCCACACCCACCACUAGGAAACCAACAAAACGACCAGGGAGGAAGCCAAAGACGACCCCUAUACCCAAGACAACUACAACCAAGGCCCCGAGACGAACAACUACCGCUGUUGUCUUGCCCAAUGGCAAUAUUAAACCCCAGCUCCAGAACCCAAUUGAUCAGGUGAACGCCUACGUGGGCACGUACUUUGAGGUGAAGGUUCCGCCGGAUACGUUUUUCGACAAAGAGGACGGGACUACAGAUAGGUUGAAGCUUACCUUGCGAUUCGGGAACGAUUUGGUCGGGGAUGAUUCUUGGAUACAGUUCAAUAGCACAAGCCAGUUGCUCUAUGGAUUACCCAAUCAAGAGCACGAAGGAAAGCAUGAGUACUUUAUGCAGGCAACAGACAAAGGAGGUCUAUACGCAAUCGAUGCCUUUGAGGUCCGUGUCAAUCGCUGGGGAAACAACAAUAAGCCGCCAGUGUUGUUCACAGCCGUAUUUGAUGGGGAUGCGCGUACUGUCACAAAUGACAUUCACAAGAAGAUCCUCCUUGUAAAGAAACUCGCCCAAUCGUUUGGCGAUCGCAACAGCAGCACCGUUACCUUGAAGAACAUCAUGAAGGGCUCCAUCAUAGUGGAAUGGACCAACAACAGCCUUCCUCAAAACCCCUGCCCGAAAGAACAAAUACAGCUUUUAAGCAGAAGGAUUUCUGACAACGAGGGGAGACCUUUACCACACUUCAAACAUAUCAUGGAGCCAGACUUCAAGGCCUCAAAUAUCACCGUCAGAGGUACAGGUAGCUGCCGUAACUACAUGUUCGUACCAAUGGGCGAGAUUCCAGAUCCGACCCAAUCUCCCGUUACUCCCGCCGUGGGCGCGGGAAGACAGAGCACGGACGACGUGUAUCUUCACACGGUCAUACCGGCUGUUGUGGUUGCUGCCAUUUUGCUAAUAGCAGGAAUCAUUGCCAUGAUCUGCUAUCGUAAGAAACGCAAGGGCAAGUUGACUAUCGAAGACCAAGCAACCUUCAUCAAGAAAGGAGUACCCAUCAUUUUCGCGGAUGAGCUCGAUGACUCCAAGCCGCCUCCAUCUUCCAGCAUGCCCCUUAUCCUACAGGAGGAAAAACCUCCUCUUCCCCCACCGGAGUAUCCCAACAUGGCUAGUCCAGAGACAACACCCCUAAACCAGGACCUUAUGGGAGGGUACACACCUCUACACGAUGAGGAUCCCAAUGCCCCACCCUACCAGCCUCCACCACCCUUUUCCGUCCCGAUGGAGGGUAAAGGUUCCCGCCCCAAGAACAUGACCCCUUACAGAUCCCCACCCCCUUACGUGCCCCCCUAAUGUUUGCAGGAGCCUCCGGAUCCGGAGGACAGGGAACUUUCGUAGUUCCGAACCGUUGUGUUGUCUGCAUUAUUGGAUUGUUUGAAAGGGUGUGCUGCAAAUGGGGAAUGUGGGUUUGAAUGUGACGGGAUGUUUUUGUUAAACUGGACUCUUAUUAAAGGAGUGGUGGGAGUUAUGGGGGGUUACGUGGAUAAUCUGCUAAAGACAACAACCUCAGCCUCUUGACUACUCUGGUUUUUGCUAAACUGUUGAGGAGUACCCUCCAGUCCUGGCGCUUUUGUGUCUAGAUGGGCUUUUUGACUAAUUUUUUUUCUGUUUGUUUGUUUUUUGGUUUGUUUUUGUUUUCUGACACGGAAUCAAACUCCUUGCCUAACAGCACUCUUUCUAUCUUCUAAAUUCGUUAAACUCGAAUAAUAUAAUCGGACAACAAAACUGACUGCAGGUGUAAAAGAUUUCAUAGAAAAAUUCAAUAACAGAGGGGAAUUAAAAGGAGGGGCUUGGACAGCCAUGCAGACAGUUUCGUGGGAUGUCGAUUCAUUAUGGUUUUGCCUUUUAACACAGAAUUAAACUGUUUUUAUUGUUCUUCACAUGUCUAGUUAAAAUCACUACAAGAAGAGGUAGCCAAAUCGAGAUAUUUGUUUAAUCCAAUGUAUAUUUGAAAGUUGUUAUGCUAGAUCAUCUACAUUAAUUUUUAUGAUAUAUAUUUUUUUUACUUUUUCUUUUUUCCACCCUUCGAUCUUGGGGAAGUACGAAUAAAAAUCAAAUCACAGACAACAUAUCGCAGUGAGUUCUGACUUGAGAUCAAUGUAUAAGAUGCAUCACUUUUAUAUCCUCUCCUCAGUUAUGUGAAUGGAGGUGGUAGUCUCGAGUGUGCUGUCUAUGCAGAUUUUGCUUUUGACCCGACAAGUCCAGAUUCUGAUAUUGAUCACGUUUAAUCGUAUUUCUCAUGGGCCAUGGAGAAAUCUUGGGAUUUAAUUGGAUCUUUGCAUCCUUAAUUCCUCAAGUCAGAACCACGUAUAUACUGUACCAGUUUAACUCACGCUACUGAUAGCCCUUGAGACAGUCAAAGACUUGAUUUAAUUAGAAAGAGCUUUGAGACGAUUUGUAGUUUGUUUCUUUUAUUUUUGUUAUUUUUAUAUAUAUAUAUUUCAGUGAUGAUUGAGUAUAUGCCUUGGAUCCACUCGAAAUAAAUCAAAAUAAAGACUGAAGAUUUUGAUAACGGCAACCCAUCUUCUACACAAUGGCAUCAUUUAUUAAACGUCACAAGUAUAUGUUUGCAGUUGAACGCCAUAUUUUGCCUUGGUGGUGUUGCAGCAAGUGUCUUCUGUACAUAAUAUUCUCUGCCUGUGGAUAUAACUGUAUUUAUAGUCCAAGAGUGUGUAAAUCAGAUGGUAAAAAAACAAGAAAUAGAGAAAAACUAGCUGUGUGUUUAGAUGAGGGAUGAUUAUUUUUAUAUAUAGUGAUGGUUAUUAGAAAAACCUUGAGCAAAUGCUUAAGGGAAAGGAGGAAAAAAACUGGUUUCAUUUACAAAAUCAUUACAAAAAAGCUUAAUAAAAUCUAAUGUUUUUUACAUGUUUUUGAUACAAUCUCUAAAUGUUUAUUAAGAACAGAUCUACAGUGUAUUGCGAUUUGUAAAACCUCAGUGUUAGCUUUUCAUCAUGGGUUGUUUUCUUACAUGUAAUUCUUUAGAUUUGCAUUAAGCUUUAAUGACACUGCAGUUAAAAAGAAAUAUUCUUUGUAAUCGUUUUUUCUGAUUUGUGUUUUAUGCUCGAGUUAUUUUUUUAAUCAGAAGUGAUAUUUGCAAUAAUAAAAGUGUGGUGUAGUUACA